AUGUCGAUCUGCCCACUUUGCACCGGCCCUGUGGCCAAAUUUAUCCUCUCCUUUAACGUCGAGUUUGAAAUGUGCAGCAACAUGGAUUGCGUAUAUCCAUUCCAAGACGACAAGAUAUGUGAAGCCUCGCUUGUCGACAAGCGCCCUUUGAAACGGAAACCUCUUUCCUCGGGGACAGAGUCCAUGAAGCAAAGUGUCUCCAAAAAACUCAAAGCUGUUGGUCCCACACCAGGGACGAAGGCACUUGACGGGCUUGUACCAGAAAAGGGCGCCAUCACAGACCUAGCUGCACGAGUUUCGACCAGGGCAACAUUGAUUGAGGCGUUGCCUGCGUUAACUUCUAUCUCAUCUUCAACAAAUCCUACUGUAUCAACAUCAUUUGCGACAGAUGCAACGACUUCAGCAUCAUCCGUUAUCCCAGGUGUAUCAUCAAUCCCUGUGGUCGUUGCAACGACGUCUACCGGCAUUAUGAAACCUUUGGCCUCGACAAUUUCGCCUACUAGCAUGUCUUCGAUCCCUUCUUCACCAGCAGAAGGGGUGCCGGACCUCAUUUUCGACAUGUUCCCUACAGCAUCUUGGACCACACCAGUUACACCGCCAGACAACCUUUUGUCCUCGUCCAUUGAUAUGUCGAAGUCCAUCACCUCUGCCAUAGACACUUCGGCUGUCAACAUCGAGAGUCUACUUUUUGGGGACCAAUUCGAAAUUGAUUUCAGUGGUCUAGAAGGCCUCGUUAACUCUGCAGUGGAAUUCGAUGCCGAUUUCGAGGCCAUGCUCCAGCAGCAGCUCUAA